AUAUGGGGGAGCUGAGAUCUUCUUCCUUCGCUUCUUAUUACUCCACUUCUGUUUCUACUUUGGCAUCGCUAUUAUAUACUACUAUCUAUUCCUUCUUGCUUUUCGCAAAUGUGAAUGGUUUCCAUCCCGUAAUUCAUCAUACAUUGAACAACAUAACAGGCAGAUCAAGAACCCUUAUUUACGUUAAUGAGUUUGGAGCCAAAGGAGAUGGCGUAACCGAUGACACUAAGUCUUUUCAAGAUGUCUGGAAAAUCGCAUGUUCUUCACCAUUACGACCACAAAUAGUAAUCCCAAGUGGAUAUUCUUUUCUAGUUCGACCAAUUGAUUUUCUUGGGCCUUGCCGGUCAAAGGUGUCUCUAUCA